UUCUGAAAUUUAGUUAUUUUCUUUUUUCCACAGACAACCUGGAUAUAACCUCAAUUUUUUAAAAAGAAAAAUAAACGAGUCUAAUUUAACUAGUCUAUGGAUUUAGCACACUAGAUUUUGUUCUAUCAUAAACGUAUACUUUCCAUUAAAAAUCUUUAAACUGAAACUUCAACAUUAACAGAAUGUCAACAUUUCAGUGUGACUUAACCUAAAAGGUUUAAAAUGUUGAAUAGAUGCACCAGAAGAUUGUUUGAUUUCGGUAAAUGCAUUAUAAAACAGUCCACAUAUUACUACUCAAAACAUAUUACUAAAGAAGAAAGAAUAAGACAGCUCAGAAUGUCGUUACCUAAGACCAGAGAAAAUCCCAUGAUAAUAAAACUAGAGUCACCAGAAUUUAAAUCUCUGUUCACAGAAGAAUUAACAUCUCUAGUGUCACUGUUUGAAACCUAUGGUUAUGAGAUUCGUAUUGUUGGUGGAGCUGUCAGAGAUCUGCUUAUGGGUAAGAAACCCUCUGAUUUGGAUUUUGCCACCACUGCAACACCAACUGAAAUGAAGGACAUGUUCACCAAGGAAAAUAUUAGAAUGAUUAACAUGAAUGGUGAAAAACAUGGGACUAUAACAACUAGAAUAAAUGACAAGGAGAACUUUGAAGUAACUACAUUGAGAAUAGAUGUUGUUACUGAUGGUAGACAUGCCAAGGUUGAAUUUACCACAGACUGGCUGCUUGAUGCUUUAAGGAGAGACCUUACUAUUAAUUCAAUGUAUUUGGGAUUGGAUGGUUCUGUUUAUGACUACUUCUAUGGCUAUGAUGAUUUGAAGUCAAAAAGGGUGGCUUUUGUAGGAGAUGCAGUAACCAGAAUCCAAGAAGAUUAUCUUAGAAUACUCAGAUAUUUUAGAUUCUAUGGUAGAAUUGCUGAGUUCCCUAAUAAACAUGAAGAAGACACUUUAAAGGCAAUUCGCGAAAACGCGGCAGGACUUGCCAACAUAUCUGGUGAAAGAAUUUGGACUGAAUUGAAAAAAAUUUUAGAAGGAAAUUUUGCAGGAGAACUUUUGCAAAGCAUUAUAGAUUGUGGUUUGUCACCAUACAUUGGUCUACCACAAGAAUGUAAUGAGAAUGAACUCUCAAAAGUUUGGGAAAGAAGUAAAGAACUAAAUUUGCAUCCUAUAACACUACUAUCUACAGUGCUAGCAAACCAAGACCAUGUUGUAGCGUUAAACAAUAGAUUAAAAUUGUCUGCAUUUGAAAGAGAAUUAGCUUUGUUUGUUGUAAAUAACAGAGAAGAAAAACCUGAUCCAAAACCUUUGAAACCAUACCAAAAACUUUUAUUAACAACAAAGUCUAAGCAGAGUGAUGUUAAAUUAUGGAUUAUAGAAGUGCUGAAGUACAACAAUUCUUCUUAUAUAGAAGAAUUUGAGAAAUGGCAAGUUCCAAAAUUCCCUAUCACUGGAAACAUGUUAAAAAAGCAUAUUACCAAACCUAAAGUUAUGGGAACUAUAAUUAAUGAACUGAAGCUUCAUUGGUUUGAGAAGGACUUUGUUCCAGAUUCAGAAGAACUGAUGAAGGAAUUACCAAAUAUAAUGGAAAAGUUUAACAUUAAAUAGAAUUGUUUUUCAGUUUUUACAUGAUGAUAUUUUUUGUUGAAGUUUUGCAAUAAAUGUUUAACAAAA